AUGGUUUCCAAAGCCUGGCGCGUCCGCUUUGCUCCGUCUUCCCAGGUCGUCCCCGCAAUCCAUGGGCCCCCCAAAGACACAAACCUCGACUCCCCUGUCCUACGCCGACAGCCCAAGAGCAAGUCCGCCUGCCGGGAGUGCAGGCUGCGGAGGGUGAAAUGCGAUGAGACAUACCCUGUGUGUCGACACUGCGCGCGUCGGGGAACAGUCUGCACCCCGGCACCCCGCAAGACCGUGUGGAAACUGGAGAUGCCACUCCUCAUCCAACAGGCGUGCUGCGGAGAUGGGACGACUCCAUCUAUGCUGCUGCAGUACUACUUUGAGCAGGUCUGCCACAUCAUGGUGCUCGACCCUGACAUCAACCCGCUAGCGUUGCCUAUCCUGGACCUCUUCAAGGAGUCAUCGGCUCUCUUGCAUGUCGUGCAGAGCAUUGCCGCGGCACAUAUGAAGGGCUUCCGCGACGCCAACACAAGUGACUGCCUUGUUGAGCGAGGACAGACAUUACUAUGCAUCCAACAAGAGCUCCUACAGACUCGAAAGAAGGCAAUCGCCACAUUUCUUGCCAUCUUCCUGCUGGGCAUUUCAUCGCCUUGGAUCGAAGGAACUACGGGCCUCGAACACUUGGUGGGUGCUCGAGCCCUCAUCGACUCCAUCUUGGGUGACCCUACAGCCGACCCUUCCGAUCCUGCAAUACAGCUCAUCGUGGGAAAUUACAUCUGGUGGGAGAUGGCAGCCUCAUUUAAUCUGGACCAUCGGUUCCACAGGCCAUUGUCUGUUGAGUUCAUCUCCAAGACCGUUGAGGCCAGCCAGCAAGAGUACCACCCUAUGGCAGGUUACUCUUUGGGCAUAUUCUACGCCGUCGCCAAAGUAACGCACUAUUGCCGUGGAGUAGUAGAUGGGCAACCUCGUGACCUUGCGCUCGAGGCAAGUCUGGAAGACGAAAUGCUAGCAUGGACACCCAGCCACGACGAUGAGCUGCUCUUCCUUCUAAGCGAUGCGUAUCGAAAACAUGGCCUGAUACAGCUUUAUCGAAUCUGUGAUCGUGAUCCCGAGCAGUCAGAACUGGACAGCGAGACCAUGAUACGACAAUGGGCCAGCGAGGCGAUGGAGGGUUUGCUGCGUAUCCCUCCAACCUCGCCGUAUCUCAAUUUUCAGCCCAUCCCCCUCAUGUCUGCCGCCUCUGAGAUACCGGCCCACAAGGUUCAGCAGCGAGAGGAGGUCAAGAUCCGGUUCAAGGCCAUAUACUCCUUGACCCGCCUUCCGGUCAUGCUGGACGCCAUCACCCUUCUUGAGGAAAUAUGGGAGCUGAGGCGUCUGGGGAUCACUACUACGUGGCUUGUCCUCUUGCUCGAGAGAGGCCAAGUGUUUCCAUUGGCCUGA